CACUGGAAGCCCAGAGGAGCCGCCAAGGCUGCGCUGAUUGGCAGUGUCAACAGUGCAACGCGAGGCUGGACGUUGAACUCUGGAAGAGACGCUGGCAAAAUCCCUGCCCAGAGCAGGGAAGGGCCCUCCGCUGCCGCCUCUCCCCGUCUCCUGCGACGGGACCCGACAGAAGCCCGCUCUCGCCUGUCUCCUGGAGCUCCACCUGUUGUCGGGCUCAGUUGCGAAGGGGACUUCUGGGGCCUGUUUCGAGGGGUACAGGGAGGAAAGGCUUCGAAAGAGCCCCCGCUUUUCUCCCUCGACGCGAUGCCCGUGGCGGGCGCUCUGAGGGCCAAAUUCCGACGGAGGCGCAGCCCCGCGGAGGACAAGGUCUCCAUCCUCGAGCGGGAGGAACGGCGGGAAGUGGAGGCCCCGACGGUUCCCGAAGGCCAGCCUGAAGCAGAGGAGCUGGUUGGUUGCGCCUCCAAAACGGUGGCCUUUGCCGUCCUGCCGGACAACUACCAGCCUCUCGCUUGGGACGGCGAGCAGCAGCCACUGCCGCCAAGGAAAACGGAGCGCGCAAGUAAGGCGCGCAAGAAGAGACUUAAAAAAUACGGCAAGAAUGUGGGCAAAGUGUUGCAGAAAGGAUGCAGCUAUUUGAUCCUUGGCCUGCAGGGUUUGGCCAGAGCCUACACUUCACCACUUGGCUUGGCUGUUUGGACGGGUACAUCAGCACGAUAGAUCUUACUACUUUUUGAGGGGGACAAGGAGGACAAAGACAACAACAACAGCAACACAACUGAGGAGUGCAGCAAUUUCUUCUUUGCAUAUAUAUGCUUCAUCUUCUGUAAAUGCCCCAAUUUGUCAAAGGAGGACUAAGGAAAAUUGAUCCAGUUGCGCGUUUUUUUAUAAAACGUUUAGCUGUUUUCAAGUUUUCAUGAUUCUCAAAGUGCUUUAAUAUCAAUCAAUUAAAAUGAACAUGUAAUGCCAAAGGUACAAAACUAAUUAACUGGUUCAGAUUUAAACAUAUAAUACUCUUGGGGAAAAUUAAUCAGUCCAUUCAAAAGAAUGGUGAAAAAAGGAAAAGAUAAAAGAUGGUGGGAGAAAGAGUAGGCAAGUGGAGAGAAAUUAAGGAAAUAGAAGAGAAGUAAUUGCCUUUUUGGCAAGACCACAUUGCCAUCAAAAUGCUGGUCGAUGAUCUGAGAUACAAGCACUAAAAGCUUCUCCAAAAUGCCAUGUUAGGAAAGGUUGUAAUAGCAUAGCAUCUGUAUGUUCAACCAGAGGAGUAUUGUGAGUAGCAGACCAACUAAGAAGGGUUGAAGAAGAAUGGGGACUCCAAAAGAGAAAUUAAUUCCCCCCCCCCAAAAAAAACAUUCAGAUAUGGUUCAUGAAUUUUUCAUAUAGUACCCAAUAUAGGCUCUCCUUAUGAAGUGAAGAAACUUGCAGUUUUACUGUCUGGAAUGAACUGUCACCCAUGUAUUUUUUAAAAAUCAAGUAGAGUAGUGAUGAAGAAGACUGGGGUAAGACUGUGUAGCAGAGACUGAGGGAGCAAAUCAGGAGAAUGGUAUUGAAAGAUCAGAAUGUGGAGUCCUUCAGUGUGUCUGGUCGAUAGUCCUCUCAGUUUCAGAGUCCACAUGAAUAGAGCAGAGAUACAGCAGGUUCGGUUUUCACCAUUCAGCAGAGAUUCUGGGCAAUCUGCUUCUUUAUAGGGGACAUAGACGGAGGCAUUUUUGCUAAAAUAGCUUCUAUCCUCAUUGCUUUAAUGUAGAGGUGAAAGGUAUGCUUACCCUUCUAGAUGAUUUGUGUCUUUGCUCUUUCCCAUUUGUUUUUCUGUAAGAUGCUCUACUUGAGUAUUCUGGGAGUGAAGUCCCCCCAUCUUAAAGUUGCCAAAGUUGAGAGACACUGAGCUAUUGGAAUAGAUAGCAUUUCUCUAGAACCCUCUAGUGAUGAAAGAGACUCAACAGGCCAACACUGAAUUACCAGUCCAAAGUAAUUAUGCUGCUUGGGAAUAUACUUGCAGAGGAACUAAGGCUUAGUUUCUAAGAAAAGGGAGAGAAAACUCCUCUCUGUAGGGACUUCAAUUCACCCAAAAUUUCCAAGGAGAUGUCAAAUGUAUAUGAAUGCCAUGGAUAGCUCUGCUUCAUUGUCCAAGCUCUGGAAUUGUUACAGCAGCAGCCCAAAUCUCUUAUAGAUGGAUUUUAUGUUGCCUGCCUAUGUAGGACAGACAUUUGUAUUACAAUAUUUAAUAACAUUUAUCUUUAUGAGAUGGUUCAGAAAUCAAAAGUAAUCAGAUGUAUCUCUCACUGGAAAAGUAUGAAGCUUGGGCUAACAGCCUGGAUGAACUAGUUCUCUCAUCUAUGUAGAGGAAAGAUUCCAGUUUUUCUAUUCCCAAAUGAUAUGUUUCUGCUUAAAUAACAUUCAUUUCCAUGCUUUUUUUUUGCUUGCCUCUGCUUUCAGUAUAUGUUUCAGAAUUUAUUUUGUAUAACUGUUUAAAGGCUGUAUUGUGUUUAGGUUGUUAAUAAACAUAUCUGUUAACAAAAUGAUUUACAAAGGAAAAUUAAAGACAUUUAACCAAUUAA